AUGAAGGUCUCCGUUGCCGUCCUUUCUCUCUUCCUUGCGGCUUCGAUGGCUAUGCCGGCUCCUACGCAGCCGAACCAGAUCCAGCCCCGACUCGAGUUUAACAAUCUUAAUGACUUGGCGAGUCAGGAGGGUCUCACCAGUGUGGUCACGACAUUGCAGAAGAGUGUCCAUAUUGGUGGCACCGAGUCGAACACGCCGGGAGGUCCCUCGACGGGCGGUAACUAG